UUUUUAGACAAUUUUUACAAAGGAACCGGUGAAAGAUGUACCUGUCCAGUUCCCUGUGAGACAAUCAGUUUUAACCCAGUUCUGUCUUUCGCAACAUUCCCGAGUGAGAAAUACAUCAUUGAAGCGACGAACAAACAUGUUGGAAAUGUUUCCAAAGAAGAAAGACUGAAAUUCCGUGAAUUUAUCAGGUACAAGACAGGAGGGUGAUUUCGGGACCCCCACUCCUUCAAGGACCAAAGCAGCGAGCAAAUGGUUAUCAGUGAGCCUAAGCAAAGACAUUUUGGAGGGACGUACGUUAAGCGGAAGUGCAGUGUUUUCAUUCUUGGGCAAUGAUUUUCCCAAAUGUUUGGUUAAAUCGUCUUCAUGAGACUAAAGGCACUCAGCAAUACAAAUUUGGAAGCGUUAUGGCAAAUUAAAAGGGAAAGAGACUCACUUCCGCUUGACGCCCGUCGCUCAAAAACGCCUUUUCUCCCUAUCUACAAAAACGGUCGAAGAGUUGAACUCGUGCAGAAGCUCAUAAUGAGUGAGGCAGCGCGUUUAGACUCUUAGAUAAUUUUUGAGUUUAUUUUCUUGUAAACUUACUUUCGUGAUUUCAAUCAAAUAUGGCCGUCGAUCUUCUAGAUGGGUUGUCUCCAUGGUCUUUACUUCCAAAGAUCUUCAACCAGCUGAUGAUCCUACACCAGCCAAGGCAAAAAAACAGCGAAAAAUAGUGGGGCUUGUAAGAUCUUGCGAAGACUGGGCAAUUAAAAAUGUUGAAUACUAAUUAGAAAAAACAUGAAACUGAUCUUUACGAAAAGAGGACUCAGAAAAAAAACAAACAAAACAAAUGGUGAAGUUUAUUUGCACGAUAUCUCGGUUUGUAACACAAACCUCUUAUGGAGGGUUAGUGUAUCGUUUCUUUAGUGCUAUAUCCGUUAAUAGGAACCCUUUUUGGCUUUGUGGCCCUUUAAUAGGGUACCUAAAAUCAAAGGAACUAAUCUGAAGUAGAAGUCUCCUGCCGAGGUCGUGACUUCGACUCUGUCUUAAGUUUAAAAAUCAGAUCUCCUUUUCCCUAGGCCGUGGGAGAUCUGGGUACGAAUUUAAAAGUGCUGCUUUAAAACCUGGAGUACAUGUUAACGUUAUCGUUUUUAUAGAACGAUUCAACUGGCUUUGCUCUAGAAUUUUAGCAAACUGUGCACUGCCGGCCUAAUUUCUCUUAAAUAGUUAUCUUUUCUCGUAUUUGACCCGUUUUUUUAGUUUUAUUUAUCUUUCUAUUUGUCUUUAUUAAAAUAAGGUCGAGAUUUAAAAACCUUCGAACAGAUGAAAACGACUGAUUGUUUAUGAUUAAUUCGAGAAACUCUCUCAUUGAGUAAUCUUUUUCUGUAUGUUAAAAUUUUUUUUUGCAUACCUUUAAAAUGAAGCCAUGUUUCUUCAUCGUUACAGCUCCAACGUCUUGGAAUUAAACGUGUAUUUUCAAGACCUGCAAGUCAAAGUACUGACACAGCAACCGGCGUAUGGAACAGAAAGUCUCUUGGGUAAGUACACAAACCCCAUUAGAUAGUAAAGCGACGAUCGCAAUGUCAUUUCAAUCAACUUUGACAACGUGAGUCGUGCAAUGACGAGAAAGAAAACCGCCAAAAAGUGCGCUGCACGUUAAGAGUUUUUGUUUCGCUUAUUUUCUCGUUUCCGUCGUCAUUGUGGUUGCGCUGAGCUCCGCUAGGAGCGUUACCACGCAAAACAAUUCUUGACAUGCGAAGAUUUCGACUGAAAAAGUGACGAUUUGAUGAAAAUCGCGCGUCGAAAUCGACGUCCGCAGGUACGCAUACAGAGCGCAAAGAAGGGGUUUUUCAGAAGAGUGUUGAAUAGGGGGUAAGAGAGGGUAAAGAUGGCAAGUGAAAGAGAAAGCUCCUUAGCAACCCCGUCCCCUCCCCCCGUAAAAGCCAACGAAGAAAGCGUUUGCCUCCCCAAAACAAUCCCAUGAUGCAUCCUAACACAACAUCGACCCAGUUCCACGUGCAAUAUUCAGCUGGAAUUUUUGGAAUUUUUUUUUUUAUGGAGAGCAGAAAUCCGGAUUACCCAGAGAAAAAGGGAGGGAAGGAACAAUAAUCUCAACCCACAUUUGUUGUAACCUUGUCCAGGCGUUGUGGAGAGUGGCGCAAAAAGGAGCUGAGAGUGGAGGGGAAAAAGCGGGGAACUGCUAACUUUUCUUUGGACAGUCUCAGUAUCUGAAAGCCUGGAACAGGCUACACUUGUCGUCGCCUCCGGUAUAAUAGGGACCUUACGUUUCUGAUACGACUGUGAAUUACUAACGUUUUUAACCAUCUGAAAGUAACGACUACCCUAAAGUAGAGGCCCCUUUUGCCUGCUAAAUUCGAAAGUACCAGGGGCCGUUAUUUUCGCAAUUCUACGGUAACACAAAAACGUAAAUUAAAACCUACCUGUUUUUUACUCACCAGGUGAGGCCGGAGGUUUGCUUGGACUCUGCAUUGGUGCCAGUCUUUUGACUGUCAUGGAGGUCUUUGACCUCGUAAUGAGCAUAAUAGCUAUAAAGCUAGGAUGUAUAGCUACGGACUCGGCUUAA